AUGAUGAGAUGGGGGAGAAAGAAACCUGUUUCUUCUUCUUCUUCUUCUUCCUCUUCCGGGUUGUCUCGUGCUUAUCCUGUUUCUUGGUUUUCAAAGUCAAGUGGUUCGUCUGACUUGAAACCUGCAAAAGAGAAGAAGCAAGAUGAAAAAGCUAGCCAGAACAUGUCUGCAAAAUCUUCCUUGAGUUCUACUAAACGUCGAAAUGAUAUUCAUGAGAGCAGCAAAAGGUUUCAGAGAGUAUCAUUAGAAAAGGAGAACGCUGCAACAAGGCCAGCCGAUAUGGAAUCAAGUGAGAAGUUUGAAGAGAUAAUGAGCAGUGUGAGGAAGAAAGUAAGAGAAUUCCAAAGAGAGACGCGUGGUUUUCUGGAAGCAGAGGCAAUGGAUAGAGACCAAGGAACUGUGAUCAUGACGCCAAGAAUUCAGGUGAACAGAGAUAAGCAGAGAUGUGAGAGACGUGACCAAAGGCUUCUUGAACAAAAGCCAAAGAGAUCAGAACAAGACGCAGAGGUCAAGGCGAAGAAAUCAGCGAGAAGGACAGGUACAGGAACUUACAGUAGAGAGGAUUCUGUGAUUCUUGGUCAUACCGUAACAAAAACGGCUCAUCAGUGGGAAAAGCUCAAGGAAAUAAAACUAAGAGAAGUGAAGCUGAAGGCUGACCAACAGAGGAAAUCUCUGUACCUAAGAAGGGAGCUAAACAGAUUAGGAACAAAAGAAAACAGCAAGGUUAGAGUUUUUUCACCAAGAGCAUCUGAAAAAUGCAGAGUUAAAGCGAUUGAAGACUUGAAGAAAGCUAAACUGAGAGCACGGGAGCACGAGCUUGGGAUAGAAGCAGCAGAUGGAGGAAUGGAGAAUGAAAGCUUUGCAGUAGUGAAAUGCUCGAGCGAUCCUCAGAAGGAUUUUAGAGAUUCAAUGAUUGAGAUGAUCAUGGAGAAUGGUAUCAACCACCCUGAAGAACUCAAAGAUCUUCUGGUUUGUUAUCUCAGACUCAAUACCGAUGAAUAUCAUGACAUGAUCAUUAAUGUGUUUCAGCAGGUGCACGGUGAUCUGAAAUUUCAUUAAUUUUGGUGUAGAAUAGUAAUAUAAAGUCCGUGCAUGAAUAAUCAUUCUAAUUUGAUAAUAAU